UCGAGCAGCGGCAGAGCGAUCAUCAGCUGGACGUUGCUAGUGGUCACAUGACGAUGUUGUGGAUUUAUUAUUCCACAUGUCCGCGUUUGGGCUGCACUGCAAGGCUGCUGACAGUCUCUGCAACCCUGACAGGAGGAGUUCAUGCUGCAGUUUCUCUUUUCUCUCGGUUUACUUAAAGCUAGCGGCGAUUUCACUUUCAGGAGGUAAAAAGCGUGAAGACGCAACUGGAGGAAAUGAUGAGGAAGGCAGAGCUGUGAUUUUUGUUCCUUUUCACUUCUGAGGCAGAAGUUUAGGAGGGGAUGGAAAACAAAGCCAUGUAUCUGAGCACAAAUGAGGAAAGAGAGAGCGGCUCCAUGUAUGAGGAAGUCUACGAUGGACACAACUUGUCCAAACUCAACCUUUGUGAUGAAGUGUGCGCAAAGCGCCGCAGGAAGCAGGACCAGCACUGCAGUCUCCUGAACUCCCUGUCCGCCAUCAAAUAUGCGAUUGUGUCCUUGUACGUCCUGGUUCUGCUGACCAUCUUUGGACUCUGCUUGGCAGUGUCCCGGUCCCAGGUUUCCUCCCAGCGCCAGGAGGUUCUGAUGGAGAACGUGACUCGGACGUCGGACCACGCCGGCGUCCUCCAGCAGACGCUGGGCGAGGCGUCCACGCAGGCCGACCUGCUGGAAAACAUCUGGAAGCUGGAAAGCAUCUUCCAGAACCACAGCAGCUGGCUGCAGCGGCUGGAGAUCCUCAUCAAGGGCCUGGAGGUCGAUCUGAGGAGCAUCCAGGCGAACUCUCUGCAGUCAGAAGGUUACCUGGUCCAGCUGGACGACCGUCUGUCCUCCUUCAGCAGCUCGGCUGGCAGGAACCUGACCGUCCUGAGCGUGGAGGUUGCCCGGACCUCCAGGUGGCUCCGCGACCACGACGUCCUGCUGAGGGACGCUUCGGGACAUUUGAAUGGACUCAGAGAGAAACUAGACGAAGUCAACUGGACUGUUGGAGCUGUAAAUCACACCUUCACCAACGACAUCAGCAUCCAUCACCUUAAAAUUAAAGACCUGCAGAUACAGAUCCACAACAUCACAGACGACACCAGCAGUUUGUGGGUGACACACAUCCACACGGAGACGCAGCUGAGGAACGAGAUGGAGAUCCUGAACUCGAUCACCGAGGAUCUGCGGCUGAAGGACUGGGAGCACUCCAUGACCCUGAAGAACCUCACCACUCUGGAGGGACCCCCAGGUCCGAAGGGUGAAAAGGGCGACGUUGGACAAACGGGCCAUCCUGGCGUUCCCGGGAUCUCUGGGCUGCAAGGAUUUGCAGGAGAGAAGGGAAUGCAAGGCCCCCGCGGCGUGCAAGGACCCCAUGGGGCCGAUGGUCCACGGGGAGAGAAGGGGGAACCCGGACCAGUUGGGCCUAAAGGUGACAGAGGAGACAGAGGCUUCAGAGGGGAUAAAGGUGAUCGAGGCGACAGAGGAGAACGAACAGUCCAGGAGGCUCUGGUGCGUUUGGUGAACGGGUCGGGUCCCCAUGAGGGUCGCGUGGAGGUGUUUCACGAGCGCCGAUGGGGGACGGUGUGUGACGACGUCUGGGACAAAAAGGACGGAGACGUCGUCUGUAGGAUGCUGGGAUACAGAGGAGCAUCGGAGGUCCAUAAGACCGGCCGUUUUGGACAGGGUACUGGUGUGAUCUGGAUGGACGACGUUGCUUGCAUUGGGACUGAAGAAACCAUCCACCAGUGUAAGUUUUCCGGCUGGGCCAAAACGAACUGCGGCCAUGUUGAGGACGCCGGCGUGACCUGUGUAAUGUGAACAUGCAGGACCAUCGCUGUCGUGUCGAGUUUUCUCCAUGCCAGGCCUUUUUUUGUACCAUUUUUGACCCACGUUUUUACAAGGAGUGCCUUCUUAUCAGUAUCGUUGCUCACUGACCACCAAAAAGUGYCACCUACCCAGAUAAAAACUCAUUUUUUCAUGUACUUUUAUGGGUUUAUGAGAAGUACAAAAACUGAAGGACAGCGUUAUUUUUCAUGACCUGCACUUAUAGAGCACGGACUGUUUGAUUCCUUCUGCUCACCGUGAGAGAAACUGAGUCUCAGUUCUGGACAUUUUGACUGAAGAGGGACUUUCACAAACCAUUUAACCACCUAAAAACGAGGAUGAAAUCUCUUGAGGAAAGACAGACUGUCAGUGAGUUGACUUUCCUUUACCAGCAGCUGCUCUUUACAGCAAAAUAUUCAAAGGGCUUUUACAGAGUGUGACGGAUUUACAUACUUUCUAACCUUUCAACCUUGUAUAACACCGAGUUUGAAGGUCAAAAGACGCCUCAAAGCAUGCAGAGAAAAAAACGAUAAUCUUCCUUCUUUCAGUUUAGUUUUUAUUGAGGUCAUUUAAAAUAAUAGUUUUCAAAAAGGCUGACAUUUAUCUUAUCUUUUAAAGUGGUCUUGACCCAUUUGCUUUUCAGGCUUUUUGAAGGUAUUUUAAACAUUUUUAUGAAAACCAGAUGCUUUUUUUUUUAACUAAUCUGUGGUCAUAAUUAGGGUUUUUUGUGACCACAAACACAGCUGUGUGUUAUUUAAAAAAAAAAGAAACAAGAACUUGUGGGGGAUAAAAGAAUAAUAUCAAAGCCUUUUGUUAACUGUCUUAAGCUGAUCAGAAGUUUCUGCAAGUAUUUUUGGUCUAAUUUAUAGUUAAAAUAUCUCAGAACACUUAAAAUGAGACAAAACUAACUUACAACUUGUCACCAAAAUAUAGGAGCUUUUUAAGUCCAUAA